UGCCAUUCUAGCUUCUUAAUACUUCAUCUCCUCUGCAGUUCACAUAACGACUUUCAGAAUUCUCACUGCCUCCUUCUUUCUAGAGCAUUCAAAUAUUCAACCUGAUGCAAAGGAACAGACAUAUUUUUUAAACCUUUGACUUUUUAACAAGUCAUUAUUUACUAAAGUGUUCCCAUUACUAGUCAUUUUAAAUUUAUAAUAAUAGGGUGAACAACAUACAGCUUGAAAUACAUGUGAAUUCACAAUCUGUAGUUUCUGAUGGUCUCUUAUAGGCUCUGGCUGACUUAACUCUGUUUCAACACUGGUUGGUAUUUAGUGUGCUUGUCUUAGGCAGCCAUUACCCACCCCCCCCCUCUCUCUCUCUCUCACACACACACACACAUAUAUAUAUUAUAUAUAAUGUUUACUGGCCUGACAUCACUCCUCCCACCAUAUGAUGGCCACAGUAUAGCCCUCAGAGGAUGCAUCCCUCAUCCCAUCACUGAAUUUGCCAGCACCUUGAUCUUGAACCAGAAUAUGAGAAAUUAUUUUUUAUUGUGUAUGCACUAUCUGGUUCUCUGUUGUUGCCACACAAAAACCAGACAAAUAAUAGAAUUAAACUAGACUGGUUCAGGAGGAGCUGCUGGACAUUGUCUGAGACAAUUUUCUCAUUUCUUGUCUUGACUUAACAAGUGUAGGCACACAUUGCUAGUUGUCGUCCCAAAAUUGCACAGUGGUUGGUAACGGUGCUGUAAGUUUGGGACUGCUAAUAUAGCAUGGGAUUGCUCAUGAUCACAAUGUGUCUGAUGUGUUAUAAAAUGUUAAAUCAAGUCCAGAUACUGUAAGAAGAAAGAGGGUGAAGUUGACAGCAGGAGAAAACUUCCAGAGCUAACCUGACCCUAAGCAGUUUUGUGACUUUUAAAGAAAUCACUUCACCUAGAUAGCUUUCAAUUUCUUUUUGAGUAAAAUGAAAGAAUCAAAUCGAUUAGAGUCUCUCAGGAGGCCUGCUGCUCGGACUUCCAGUGAGUGAUGCUUUGCACUCUGCCCUUGGAGACAGGAAGAGUGUCCUCAAUUUCCCCAAAGGUACAGCUCUGCAGGAAUCAGGAUGCAGGCCAAAUACAGCAGCACCAGGGACAUGCUCGAUGACGAUGACACCACCGUAAGCCUGUAUUCUGGAGCUUCCACAGUCACCAGACGGGCAGAGCCCAGGCACUCAGAGAAUGAGACUCCCUCUUCAGUUUGGCGCCCUGUGGCCUUGACCCUGCUGACCUUGUGUUUGGUGCUGCUCAUCGGCCUGGCAGCCCUGGGCCUUGUGUUUUUUCAGUUCUACCAGCUCUCCAAUACCCAGCAAGACACCAUCAUUGAAAAGGAUGAAAGGCUGGGGAACAUAUCUCGACAACUGCAGUCGCUCCAGAUCCAGAAAAGGAAACUCAUAGAAACCCUGCAGCAGGUAGCUGUGAAACUGUGUCGUGAACUCUACAACAGAAGUGGAGGACACAGAUGCAGUCCUUGCCCAGAAAAAUGGAAGUGGCAUGGGGACAAAUGCUACCAGUUCUAUAAAGAGAGCAAAAGCUGGCAAGGUUGUGAAUACUUCUGCCUGGCUGAAAAUGCCACCAUGCUGAAGAUAAGCACACAGGAAGAUCUGGAUUUUGCCAUGCCUCAGAGCUACUCUGAGUUUUUCUACUCUUAUUGGACAGGGCUCUCCCGCAAUGGCAGUGGCAAAGCCUGGCUGUGGACAGAUGGGACAUCUUACUCCUUUGAACUGUUUGAAAUUAUAAUAGAUCCCACCAAUCUAAGAAACAGGGAUUGUAUGACCAUCUUCAAUGGAAAGGCUUACUCAAAGGACUGCAAAGAGCUGAGGAGGUGUGCCUGUGAGAGGACGGCAGGGAGAGUGGUACCCGAGGUGCUCCAGUAGGUGCCAUGAAACAUUGAACAGAGGGGGCCCAUAGGUCAGCCUCAACCACCAGCAAAAGGACUGAGUCAAGUGAGGUCAACGCAGAGGACAUCCAAAGCUUUGAAAAACCGAGAGGCAGCUGUUGGGACUGGUACUUGAGAGACUGUCCUGGUUCUGACUCAGCAUCAUCCAUUACCUGAGCUCCAGUUCGUGCACACAUUUACCUGUUACAAGGAUUCUUACUCAUGAACCACCAACUAGCCUCAGUAAGCUAGAGAGUUGUCCUCUUUGAUUUACGGAAGUCUUUCAGCUUUCUCCCUUCUCAGUAUCUGUUUUCACCCUCUUUUUCAUGUCUCUCUUACACUAGGAAAAGAGACGCCUAAGAAAAUAAAGCUGUUGAUAUGAAGCCACUUACUGUGUGUGGUGGAAUCCACACAAGUAUUGGUGCCUUCCAGUUCUCAGCACUUGGAAGGUAGAGGCAAGACAUGAAAAGUUUAAGGCCACCCUCAGCUACAUAGCAUCCUAGGCUGUAUGAGAACCUCUUCUCAAACAGAAAGAAGGGGCAAAAGAACCAGAGAGAAAAAAGAGAAAAAAGAAAGGAGAAAAGCAAAGCAAAACAGUGAACAGAAGAAAAGGAAGUGAGACCCUUUGUCCUAACAGGCAGUCCAAGAGAAACUAGCAGAUGUCCCACUCCUGUGCUGUUGUAAACACAGCUGAUUCUUUGUUUCCAGUUCACACUUUGCCUCUCCCAGGCUCUCAACAAUGACUUUGCCUGCUACACUGCUGGCCAGCUUUUUAACUGAGAUGGAAAUUGUGUCAAUCUCCACUCCAUCAAUUGUGUCUUUCUUCUAAUCAUGUCUCCUGGGAAAGAGAUGUUCUCAACUCUGAUCUAAGUUAGAAUUGCUGUCCCUGUACUCCAACAAGGAGACUGGAGUAGAGAGAAAAAAAAAAAUAGUUUCUUUACAUGCACAGAUAAUAGUUUGAUUACUUCCUCCAUCACGUUUGAAUCAUGUUUAUACCUUUCAGGUACUAAAGUUUCAAUAAUAAUAACUGUGAUGAAUGUGAAAUGGGUGUGGUUUCAGAAUGGAUUUGUGAUUUGGGGGAAUAUUAGCAAGGGAAUGCUUUUCACACUAUGUUAAUAGAACUGUUUGACUACUUAUGACUUGACAAUUAGUGGGGCCACUCUGAGGAUAUUGUUUGUGGGAUAUUUGAGAUUAAGAAGGUGUACAAAGCAAAUUGUCUUCCAGUGGGGGCUUUAUGAUAUUCCUAGUGAAAUGACUGGGAUAAAAUCAUGACAUCAAGUUUGGUAUGUUGAGUAACCAAGGUGUGAUAGACCACAUGAUUGAUUUCUGAACAAGCUUCGGAGGAAAAAGAGAGGCUGUGAUGUCUACACAGUCAGACUCUUGACUAGACAUGAGUUUCUCUGGGUGAUGACAUUCAAAACUAUAACAGGGGUCAUUGUGAAUAGCACCAUGUCAACUGGCUUCAUUAGUUAUAGAUAAACCGACACUAUGGGACUGACAGCACCAGUAUAAGAAUUCAGACUCUUACUUUUCAACAGUAAAAACUUGGAAACAUUUGUUUCAUGGUGAAAUUAUAUUAACUUAGCCGGUUUGUGAUAAGAACAAUUCUGCAUUUAUUUUCAUAAGACUUAAUUUGACAACGGUUACUUAUCGAAACAUUACUGGCAAGCUACUUACGUUUUCUUUUAGAUUUCCUUCUAACUAUCUAGGGGAUUUCUUCAAUGAUGAAUGAAUUCUAUGCAGGUUUACUGUGUCAAGCACAUAGAAGUGCAUUUGUGGUUUUGAAAUUUAAGUCUCUCUUGGUUUAUUUAUUUAUUGAGCAAAUCGCAUCACUUCAUGUAGCUUAUUAAAAAGUGGAAAUAUUUUUAAUUUUCCUAUGAUGUUACUUAAAAUGUAGUAAGUGUGAAGUUACUCUCAUAAUGUGGGUUGUAAUAGAAAAUGUAAGGGGAAUUAAGAAAAUAUUUUAAAGGGUUUAAUGAUUCUUAUUUAAAUAUAGGGGACACAAAUGCAUCAUUUGUAUUCAUUAAAGAGAAAAACUAUUCUCAAUUAUUUCCCAAAAUUAAAA